AGCCCACUAAAGGAGUCUGUUGGUUCCUGGUGGUUUUCUGUUUUCCUGAUGGGUCGAUAUCACAGAGUGAAGGACUCCGAUCAUUUAGUCACGUGUUUGGGACUGAUUCCACAUACAUUUGAUGGUUUCCUGAUGGUCUCUAGCGGCAACCACCAAGCCAAUUACUGUUAGGAAGCAAAACCUUCAGGUCUUAUUCCUACAGGUUCUCGCCUUCAGCGUGGCUUUCAUGAGUUUCAUGCGAACAAACCAGACUUCGCGUCUUAUGGUCGUGCUGUUGUUGCCCAGCAGGACCUGGUUCGCUGUUUUUCCUCAUAAAACUCACUAAACGCUGUCGUGGCAGAGUGGCUCUGACGUCAUCAGCAGGCUGAGAGCGCCUGCCAAGCCAGGCCAGCCGGUUAAUUUGCUCUACAGGUUAUCCGGACAGACCCUGCUGCGGCUCUACCAGGCCGGGCUCGUCUUAACCCGAUUUGGACCACGCAUGCGCAGGAACGUAGAGAAACGAACUCGACAGAGCCGGUUAAUGAGUUUAUUUCUCUAUCCGUUCAUUUGGACCUGUUAGCUGGAGCGGAUGAAGGCGAGAUGAGCGGCAGAGUCGGAGACCUCAGCCCCAGACAGGCCGAGGCUUUAGCGCAGUUUCGUGAGAAGAUACAAGAUGUACUGCCACAGUGUCCUUUUCAGAGUGACCACUUCUUACUGCGCUGGCUUAGAGCCAGAAAUUUCAAUGUGCAGAAAUCUGAAGCAAUGCUACGAAAGCAUUUGGAGUUCCGGAAACUCAUCAAGGCUGACACUAUCACUACUGAAUGGAAGCCUCCUGAGGUUUUAGAGAAGUACCUCGCUGGAGGCAUAUGUGGCUACGACCGAGAGGGCAGCCCUGUGUAUUAUGACGUCGUCGGGCCAGUGGAUCCCAAACCUAUCCUGCUGUCUGUCUCCAAGCAGGACUUCAUCAAGUAUAAAGUUCGGGACUGCGAGAUGCUGUGGAAAGAGUGUGACUUACAGAGCGCCCGGUUGGGGAAAACCGUGGAGUCUGUAACAAUGAUCUAUGACUGUGAGGAUAUGGGCCUGAAGCAUUUAUGGAAACCUGCUGCAGACCUGGGAGGAGAGAUCCUGACCAUGUUUGAGGACAACUAUCCUGAAACACUCAAGAGAUUAUUUGUAAUAAAAGCACACACACUCUUUUCUGUGGCCUACAAUCUGGUGAAGCAUUUUCUGAGCGAGGAGACUAGACGCAAGGUCAUCGUUCUGGGAUCGAAUUGGCAGGAGGUGUUACUGAAACAUAUUGACCCUGAGGAACUUCCGGGCAUUUAUGGGGGAAAAAUGACUGACCCCGACGGAGACCCCCGCUGCAGAACUAAGCUUAAGCAAGGAGGGCAGGUGCCCCACUCUUACUAUGCGCGAGAGUUCAUCAAGGUGCAAUAUGACCAGUGCGUGUCCAUCAGCCGCGGCUCCUCCCACCAGCUGGAGUAUGAGAUCCUGGCACCGGGCUGCGUGCUCAGAUGGCAGUUCUGCUCUGAGGGAGCAGAUAUUGGCUUUGGAGUUUUCUUGAAGAAGAAGCUGGGGGAGAGGAUGAAGGCAGGUCAGAUGCAGGAGGUUGUGCCCAGUCAGCGCUACAAUGCACACCUGGUACCUGAGGAUGGGUUCUUCACCUGCGCAGAACCAGGAGUGUAUGUGCUGCGAUUUGACAACACUUAUAGCAUGCUUCAGUCCAAAAAGGUCAGCUUCGCUGUGGAGGUCCUCCUGCCCAAUAAUGACAGCUAGUCAGACCCUGGGAUGAGCAAAGCAUCAGAACAGGAAGCCCCCAGCAGCCAAUAAGAUGCGACUGUAGAACUGUAGGUUUGGAAACUGAGACUAUUACUGCAAAGCAAACCAGCAUUUGAAGUAGCAUGACUUGCACAUGACAUUACAUGAAAAGGGUUUUAAAGCUGUAAUUACUAAAAAGUGGAUGAAGUAACAAAAAUGCUGCUUUUAGGCAGAGAACACGCCUGUGUUGACAUCAUUUCCUCUAAAUCUUGUCUUAAUUAGUCACAUGUUUAUACACAUACAAUAUGAACAUCCGUAUGUUUAGAACUACUCCUGUCCAUGAUGAUGCAAAAACACCUAGUGGUAGAAAAGUAUAAUUGCAGGUAAACCCAUUAUGAAAUGCACAAACUCCCAGUAAUUAUCUGCUGUUUUUGUCCCUGAUUGGUGACUGUUGUACCAAAACCAUGAAGAAUGUGAUACAAAAUGGAAGAGCAUUCUGGGUAUCUAGUUCCAUUCAUCCCUAAUGAUUUUUUCUAACUGCUGCAGAGCACCAGAUGCUUAACAUAUGGGGAAAUAGUCUGGCUAACACUUUGCAUGUUACACUGUUUUUUUCCCUUACAGGUUCAGGUGAAAAAAAAACAGAACUGAAGAGCUAACUGAUUAACAAGUCGUGUGCUAAUGCCAAGUAAUUUUAUAAAAUUACACAUAUUUUUGCCAUAUGUUUUUCACUUAGUCCUCCAAGGGCUAAGGGGAACAAAACUGUUGCCCUCUGGGAGGUUAAAACAUGUGUAAUAUGCCAAUUAUAAGCCAGUAAUGGGAAAAUGAAGAAGAAAUGUCUUUUUGAGGCUUCUGAUGACUAAAAUUUUAUAAGUGAUGCUAGAAAUACUUUUUCAGCUGUUUUUGGUAAUUUAUACAGGAAGUGAAAUGGAUAAAAUCAAACUUAGACUCAGGAAUGCUCGUUCAGUGCUCUUACACUGUAAAAUGUGUUGUCAGCUCAAGCUCAAAAACAUACUUAACAUGGUAAUAACCACUAAAAUGAACAAAUGAAGAAAGUUGAAACACUUGCUGUAUUAAUAAGUUGUGUUAUUUAGAGGAAUAUGAUAUAUAUGAUAUAUUUACGAUGGAACAUGAUAAUCAUAUUCUUCUGUUGUUCCAUUGGGCCAGUGUUGUUGUACAGUGGGCCAGAGCUCCUAGCUGCUCAUCUUAAAGUGACAAAAAGCUUAAAGUUCAGAGCUGUAUUUAACCUGGGCGUGGUGUAAUUUACUAAAAAAUACUAAAGUUCCUCCAAGUCUUUAAUAUACACUAUACACUACAUAGGAACAAUCUAAAGAAGUGUCAGGUUUAAUCUUUCCUACAUAAUACUGCCUGGAAAAGAACUUUCAGAAAUAGAGGUGCUGAUGGAGCUCAUUCCAGUUUACAGUUUUUGGGGCAGUCGUGGACUGGAGGUUAGGGAAUUGGCUCUGUGACUGGAAGGUUGCCGGUUCGAUCCCCAGUGCUGACAGUCCAUGACUGAAGUGUCCUUGAGCAAGACACC